UGACCCUAAGUGACUCCUUUUGACCCCAGCCAGCCCUCCUUUCCCCUAGAGCAUGACUUCUGUGCUGGAGCCUGUGCUGGACCUCACGUACCCCGUCACGUCCAUGUUCACGGGGUCGGCCUUCAACCGCAGCAUCCACCGAGUCUUCCAGGACAAGCAGAUUGAGGACCUGUGGCUGCCGUACUUCAAUGUGACCACAGACAUCACUGCCUCGGCCAUGCGUGUCCACAAAGAUGGCUCCCUAUGGCGAUAUGUGCGUGCCAGCAUGACGCUCUCGGGCUACCUGCCCCCGCUGUGCGACCCGAAGGAUGGGCACCUCCUCAUGGAUGGCGGCUACAUCAACAACCUGCCAGGCAAGUGGCUGCCCGCUCACUCACAUGCACACACGUGCACAUAGGCAAACACGAGCCAGUUGGCCCAUGUGUGGGUACACAGGUACAUGGGAAGACACGUGAGCAAGCAGAUCUGUGCAGGGGCAUGAAUGCACGUGCACAUUCGUGCACAAGCAGAUAUGUGGGUGUGCCUGAAGACAGGAAUGUGUGCAGUUGAAAAGUCUGGCCACGUGCUAAGACAUAGAUGGGGACACACAGACACGCACGUACACAGCAAGGAGCCUGGGCAUGGACCGAGACCGGUAUGUGUGCACAGCAGCCACAUGUGCACACACACGUUCUGGUAGAUGCUCGUGGGGCAGGUACAGUACACGUUUGCACAGGAUCAGAUGCACAUGAACAAACACUUGUUGAUGAAAUAGGGCAUAAGUCCUCACACACCAGUUUAUCCACACUUGUUUCCUAAAAUAUGCACAUAUAUCUUCAUGUGCACACAUGAAGAUAAGUGGGGCACCUACGGGACUUAGUUAAGCUUUCACACGCACCUGCUGACUUGUGUUUGGGUGAGAGGUUGGGUGAGUUUGCAACUUUAAAAUUUUACACACCCGGAAGCAUGCAUACACAAGUAGACAUGUGUGCUAGCUGCACAAUACACCUGCAGUCUCAUAGCCAAGCAUUGGCAAACUAAACCCUGCAGGCCAAAUCUGGCUCCCUGCCUGAUUUUGUAAAUAAAGUUUUAUUGAUACAGCCACAUUGAGUCAUUUACUUGUUGUCUGUGGCUCCUUUUGUGCCACAAUGGCAGAGUUGAGUAGUUGUG